AUGCAAGGCUCAUCCGUUGAGAAAAUCUUACGGGAAGGUCAUGAUGCCUAUCUCGAGCAAGGAAACCACAAAAAGGCAAAGGAGAUUUUUGAGAGAGUGUUGAAGACACAAAUUAAAGAGUUAGGGGAAGAUGAUCUUUCUGUGGCCAAGACACUCAGUUACAUUGGAGAUAUGCUGUCAUCCGAAGAAAUUUAUAGUGAAGCCUUUGAAAAAUUCGAAAAAGCUCUUGAGAUACAGCUAGAGAAAUUGGGAGAAAAACAUCCCGAUACAGUAUUCACCUACGAAAACAUCGGCAGGGCCUUUCUGGGAAGAGUUAACACUAUCACUGCAAAUGCAAAACAUAAGUUUGCAGAAGCAACCAAGGUACAAAGACACGUGCUUACGACACUUCUUCACGUGCAUGGGGAGGACCACCCUGGCGUUGUAAAGUCAUACAAUCUCAUUGCGUUGCUGUUGCAAAACCAAAAAAGAUCUGACGAUGCUCUUCAGAUGCUUGACAAAAGCAUCGAAAUAUGUUCUCGACUGCAAGGACUGUGUGAAAUCAGCAAAAUGGAUUUAUUGGGAAGGGCGUUUCUCACUAAAGCAAGCUGCUUUCAAGCAUUGGGAAACUUGGAAGGUGCCACGGAGAUGUUCACCAAUUUGCUACAAGUGCAAAAGGAAGCGCUGGGUGAAAUGCACCCCGCGACAGCACUGGGCCAUACAUGUCUUGCAAACGCAUAUGGCCAGCGGGGGAUGCUGCAAGAUGGCAUCAAAGCUAACAUGAAAGCCAAUGCUAUUUACCGAACAUCUUUCGGCGAUGGUCAUCCUUGCACAGAGAAGCUUGUGACUACCAUCCAAUCGUUAAAACGAGACGAGAAGGCGAAAACACUGGUCGAACAGGGAGUAGCAAUGAAGGCGCAAGGCCAUUCGGAAAAGGCAGAACAAUUCUUCCAUCAGGCGCUGGAUAUAUGCGUCGAAGCUUUUAGUGAUCCUCAGCAUGUUCCCCAUAUCGCAGCAUCCUACGAGAAUCUUUCACAUAUCAAAGUGGAACAGGGUUUGCUGGAAGAUGGCAUUGCUGCAAGUGUCAAGGCCCUCAAAAUUCGUCGAAGAACACUUGGGGACGAUCAUAUUGACACAAGGAAGCGUAUGGAUGUCCAUAGGUCUUUGCUGAAACGUCUCUUGGAGGAUCGGAGCUAA